AAGAGUUUUCCAUUCGUGGAUGUUGGGAAUGGCGGGAGGGAAAAGUCAUAAUCUAUGAAUUUCCUUCUGUACCACAUGAAGUUUGCAUCAGCGCAAUCGUUGAGGAAAUAAUUGAUGGAACACGUGACAUAAACCGUGGAAAAGAAGCCGAUGCAUCAUUUCGCCCGGAUAAACCAGUUGUAACUCCACAAAAUGGGAGUGAUAAAAAUGGGUUCCCUUGGGCAAACUUAGUUGUUGAAGUGGCUUAUUCCGAAACAUUAGAUCAUGUCGAAGAAACAUUGUGCUACUGGUUAAGUCCUGGUCGCGCUCAUGAUU